AAUAUAAUUUGAUUGUAUUUUUCCUGAACACACCUGAAAUACACAGUUUCUCUGAAGGACACAUACGAAGGACACAUCUGAAGGACACAUUUGAAGGACACAUCUGAAGGACACAUUUGAAGGACACAUCUGAAGGACACAUCUGAAGGACACAUCUGAAGGACACAUUUGAAGGACACAUCUGAAGGACACAUUUGAAGGACACAUCCGAAGGACAGGCAGCCUGCGUGUGACAAGAGAGGCCAGCAUGAGUGUGGUGCCCGUCUCUGGCAGAAGAGAGCGAGAGCAGGCCUGCCCGCUGCAGCCCCUGCCUUUGUUGCCCAGGUCCAUGAGGGCUCUGGGCGCGGGAGGAGGAGGAGUCGGUGGAGGAGGCCCUGGGCUGGGGCUGGGGCUCGGCAUGCAGGGGCCCCGCGGGAUGGGCAAAGCCCUGCGCGAGCUGAGCGCCGAGGAGCAGCAGGAGCUGCGGCGCAAGAUCAACAGCCGCGAGCGGAAGCGCAUGCAGGACCUCAACGUGGCCAUGGACGCGCUCCGAGAGGUGAUGGUGCCGUACUCGUCCUCGUCCUCGUCAUCGCCGUCCUCGUCCUCGUCUUCGGUCCCCGGGCAGCAGCAUCAGCAGCCGUACCUGGGCGGUUCCCCGGGUGCCCACGACGGGCCCCAGGCGGGCCGGCGGCUGUCCAAGAUCUCCACGCUGGUGCUGGCGCGCAACUACAUCCUGCUGCUGGCCUCCUCGCUGCAGGAGAUGCGGCGGCUGCUGGGGGAGCUCAGCCUGGGGGCGGGUGGCGUCGGCGGCGGCGGCAUCGGCGGAGGUAUCGGAGGUGUCGGCAUGGGCGUUCCGCGGGUGCUCCUCACGGCCGGCGGCUGGCCGCUCCUCGCCAGCGCCCCCGCCGGUCAGCUCCUGCUCGGCCCGGAGGCGCUGCUAGGUCCUGGCGCCGCUGCAGCCGUCGCCUCCAAGUGCCCCCUCUUGCCCCCGGCUCCCCUGCCCCAGGAGGAGGUGACGGUGUGGGGCUCGAGCGCCGGGGCAGUGGCCGGCUUGGCUGGUGGUCCUCUCUGCCCCUGUGGUGUGUGCAGGGUACCCAGGAUGGUGCAUGCCACGGCGGGGGCACGGUUUCCAAAGUGACCCCUGGACUCCGCCGUGACCCUGGUGCCUCUGCCACGUGCCAAUCUGACGGGACACUUUGUUUGCCACCGGCUGAACUGAAGGUACAUUGAACACCUGAGCUGCAUCACAUAUGCCACAUUGUCAUAACUCUGCUAUUUGACAUGACACACCAUAUGAGUUGGUGCUAACUUAAAUGUUUUGUCUUCUUUUUGUUGCCUCAAUACAUGUCUGACAUAUUAUUAUUAUUCAUAUGAAUUUGAAUUGUUUGUUCUUGAACAUUGAGCAUUAUUUUGAAAGUGCCUCUUAAAUAAAAAUAAAUCUGUUUACUCA